AUGGAAGCUUCUAGCCCCGUUUCCUAUCCCCCUCAACAUUAUUUCUCCCCCACACUCACCGUGGACCUUGAUGACAUGGAGUGGUCGCAUGAAACCAGGCUGGACCUCUCGACGGGGGAAGCUUCCGAGGACGGCGAGCCGUUCAGCUUCGACAUCCCCCCGUGUCUCAAGCAGUUUGCCUACUUCACCCUCCUGCCUCAGGAGCUCCAGGACAGAAUAUGGGCUGCCGCCAUCCCGGACCCGGGAAUCCAUUUUCUCCGCGUCCACGGCCCGGCCCACCGCUUCGCCUGGGUCAGGCCCAGACUUGGCGUCUCCCCCCCCUGGAGCGUGCGCUCGUCGUACGAAGACGUCAAGGCCGAGAUGGAGGAGGAGGCCAGAUACGAACGGCGCGGACGGGAGAUUCACUGCACCCUGCAACCCCUGGCGGCGGAUCCCAGGGCCGACAAGUCGCAGUACAUGGUGGUGGCCAGCAGGCUGUCCGGAAUUGCGCAGCAGGACGCCAAGGCACGCAGAUGGGUCGACUUCGUCCGGGAGCAGCCCCGUCCCCUGAAGCUCACGCCUCAUGACGGGAGAGCCACCAUCCUGGCCUCCAAUCUCCACCGCGACGUCGUCUUCCUCGAGUACCUCGACGACUCCAGACACCGCACCGACCACGUCUUGGCCGUGCACAUCGUCUGCCCUGACCUCGACCGCAUCCGCCGCGUCGCGUUCCGCUACUGCCACGAGUGGAAGCGAUCCCGCUGCGAGAGCCGAUCCUGCCCCGGUUGCGGCCGUAUCCACUCGUCCCGGGUGGAGCGCGGCAUCUGCCCGCAUCACCUGUACCAGUUCCUGGGCCGCCACCUCCCGCACCUCGAGGAGGUAUGGCUGGUCGACUACCUCAUGCUCCCCAGGGAGCCGACGCGCCGUGGAGGCUCGCCGGGACCCCCCGACGCCGUACGCCGCCGUCGCCGAUUCCACGCCAGGGAUCGCGUCUUCUACGAAGCCGACCCGGACACGUGGGAGAUCAGGCCUGCCAUGACCGAUGUCGCAGACUGGAUCCGAGAGCACUACGUCCGCUACGUCCGCGCCAGCGAGCUGUGCCACCACGCGGACCCGUCGAGCGUCAGGUUCGGCUUCCUCGGCUGCAGGUAG